UGUGCCAUUGAUUCGAAUUUUUUGAGUAUCGAGUUGAAUGAUGUCGAGACAGCCAACGAGACAGCUGUCCCUGCAGCAGCCACCCAAGAGGACGCAGGUGAGAAGACAGAGAUCGGCGGAUGAUAAUCGACCUGGAUCGAAUAUGUAUCACGUGGAGCAGCCCGUCAAGGCUAGAAGGGAGAAGAGCACGUGGGCAUCGGUGGAGAGGCCCAAGGUGAGAAUCGCCUGGAGCUCGCAGGUGGAGGAUAGUCCGAAGGUGGAGGUGAUUGCUUCUCGGAUAGGGACGACUUCCGCUAGUAAAUCUGGGAGGACUACGUUCGCGGCGUCGUCGGUCAUUGCUGCGGAUAAAGCUGCCAUUUUGUACUCAAGACAGGAACUUGCUGAGCGGCUCCGGCUGGCUUGGAAGCAGAGGGAAGCCAACAAGUCCAACAUUGAUAUUUUUCUUGCCCAUGAGACAGCCGAGGAUCGGUGCGAAUCGAGACUGUCGACGUCCAGUUGUGCAGAGCCUAAAACUCUCGAGGAUGAGCAAGAGAGGGAUGGCGUUAUCGAUGAUGAUGGCUUGGAGAACUGUGCCCUGGAGGAUCCCCAUCGUCAUUUAGACAGAGGCAAGCUUAAGCUUGCUGGCAACGAGAAAGAGGUGAAGGUCAAUUUGGUGACCGAUGCGAGGGCAAAGCGUGCGGGUUUCCAAAGUGGGACCAAUGUCGCGUUUAAUGGUCCCGUCCAGAAGAACACCCUAGUGUCUCCGGUGAUUAAGGACAUGAGGCCGGUGGGGGAUAUGAGAGCCAAGAGAACGAACUCGGCCCCUCCGUUGCAGCGGAGGGGAGCCCUAUCCAGUCCUGGUAAUCCCCCAGGACCCUCGGUCCGGCCCAGGGUCAACAUCAUCAUCGACACGCCUAAGAUGAACAAACCCAGGGACUCGAAUCCCUUGGUGCCAUUCAGGUUCGAACGGAGGAACUCCAUCAAUCAGGGAAAAUCAUCGACUCUGACGAGUCCUCAUGAUGACUCAAUGCCACCCGAAAAGCACAAGUCAAUGGGUAAUAAAAAGAGAUCGAGGAGUGGCAAACGAAGGGUCGAUGAGACUGGACGAAAGAGUGAGUUAUCCAAAACUAAUCCCGAUGUUGUCACUAUGGUGUCACUAGUCAGUGAUGCGGACAGUGACAGCGAGGUUGAGAAAAAUUCCCCGAGGGAUGACAAACUCGUUCGUCAAUUGCGGAAUCACUUGUCCACAACUCCGAUUAUCAAGAGUUGUUCACCAAUGAUGAUGAACGUGACUAAUUUAAGUACAGGAAAUGUGGAUAAUUGUAGGAGUAACGGAUUGAUACCCAGGAGGGUCAUUAAGUCUGUGUCGUUUCAGCAGGACUCCAUCGAUGGGGAGCUGCAUCUGCGACCGCGGAGUGCAGACCGGAAGUCGUUUACGGAUGUUCAACCGACGGUUAUCCCCCAGGUCACCCUGCGGAACUCCGGUGAGGAGAUGAGGGCGGCCUGGCAGGAGAUUUCCUCCACAAAUUCUCACAGCCCGAUCUCUCCAGCGUCUCCAAAGUACUGGGAGGACUCCAUAGACCUCAAUCAAGGACUCACUGAUCGCGAAAAACGCUGUCUCGUCGUACCCAUCGGUGAUUCACAGGAUAAAAAACGCAAGUUGUUGCUUCAACGGAUCAAAAGUGUACCAGCGAGGACAGAUUCCUGCGAGGAACGCGGCUUGAGUGCAGUCCAGAUGGAGAUCAAGGAGUCUGCAUCGUCGGCAAGAACUGAUACCAGGGAACAGGUGGAGUGCAGGGGGAAUGGCAGUAUUGGGGCAGCUCUUCAGGGUUCGGUGACGAAAUUGAUCGAAUCCGAGGGCUUCAGAAUGACAUCGGUUGAUAUCGAGACUGUCGAGGUGAAUAUCGAGGACGUUGAGCCUCUCCUCAGGACUACUAAGGAAAAAGAGUGCUGGCAUCUUUACAGGAGAAUGUGCGAUAAGGGAGUUUGUGUCUCUUUUGAUACGGUUUUGAGGGGAAUGUUGACACCAACGGAAUACAGACUACGAAAACGAGAGCCCACCUAGGAGAAGGGGUCGCGGAAGGGUGAACCAUCCCUCCAAUGACUGCAAGUAGUGACUGUUAACCCUGAUAGAGGAUUUAUGUAACUGACGAAGACCUAGAAAACUGGCUCUGACAUAAUGCCAAUAAUUUCCGACUUCAACUGAUAUUACCCGUAAUUGUUAAACUACAUCUAUUGUAGAUAAUGAACUUUAAUAACAAAGAGAUGA